ACCGAAAUGUUUUGUCAUACUAUUAUCUUGCUUUCUUGCUCGCUUCUGCUGUCUUUUAUAUUUUCUAUUUGUCUGGUUUUUUGGCCUCGUAUGCCCGCUUGUUUGGUUGCUUUGCUUUGCUUGCUUGCCUGCUUGCUGGCUUGGCUUGGCUUGCCACCCACCGUCCGUCUAUCCGUCUCUGUUUUGUCUAUAUACCUACCUACUUACCUCUGUUGUUAAUCGCUUGUCGUCGUCGGCAUGGCGCACCGUCUUCUGUGGCCGAUAUAUCUACCAUCUACCCGUCCAACUGCUCUGGCUCCGCGCACACGUUGUUUUGCUUUUCGUCGCAAGAUAUCUCUUGUUCGAUGUUGGAUUGGGCAGAUAGACAAGGCAGGCAGGCAGUCGGAUGGCUUAAUACCCCGCCAUCGCCGCUCUCGCAUCCCUGCACCCUCAACGUCUGUCCUGGUUUUGCUCGGUCUGUUUCUUUGGGUUUACGUGCUUGCUUGCUUGCUGGCUUACUUGUUUUGGUUGAUGGGCUUUUUUAGGCGUAUUUAUGGGCAUGGAUACGGCGGGAAGACGGAGAUGGGAGAAGAAUAUCGGGACAUUAAGACUUGGGGAAAGAUAAACGCGUAACUACAUAAGAAAUAGCAUGUUUGUGAGAGGGGCAAGCUAACGGAAAUGGGUCAAGGUGGGGGAGUGACUGCUGGGAAGUGGGGAGCAAAUUUAAUGGAAAUGCGUCAUCACGUG